UUAAAUUUCUUCACUGUCACACUCUUGAGUCCAUUCAUUUUCUCCUCCGCUAAUAUCAAUGAGCUCGUUAGCCGAGAAACACAUCUGAAAGCCCGACGCCAUUGCUGAUACUCUUUAAAUUUACUCUCCUUUUUCUGCAGAUCCAAAAUUUUGCCCCUCUUUUACGAAUCCGCCAACAGCAAAGCCUUCCUUCUCAUGGACGGUUGCAGUGGAUUAAACUGCUCCGCGCCGCACCGGAUCGCUGCUCGCCUCUUCUCUGCACUUAAGCGUCGGAAGGUGAAGGGGAGGGUGAAUGUUGGCCAGAGGAAGGAAGAUGAUGAUGACGUGGCACCACCUAAUCACGUAACCCGUCGUCCUGAUUCGUCAUCAGAAAGAAGCGGAAGGGAAGCUAAUUACAACGUGGUAAUAGGGUGUUUUUUGCUUCGACUGGUUGCUGUGACUGAAAAAGAACUUCAAAAGAUGGCAGAACUGAGAAUCCAAAUGGCGGCUGUUCUUGAAAAUGUUAAAGAUGAGCUCCGAAACAAAGAUUUAUUCAUAACAGCAAAGCAGAUUGAAUCAAACAAUGGCAUUGAUGGAGAUUUAGAAUUGGAGUUUGAUGGCGAUCUUAUAUCAAAUAAAGUGAUAUUUGAUCAGCCUUUGAAAUGUGAAUAUGUGCCGAAAGAAGAAAAGUAUCUGGAAGGAAUGGAUAGACUUGAAGCAGAACUUGAAGCCGAGUUAGAACGUUUGCAACUCCAUUUGGAUGCAAGCAAAUUGUCCUCAACCCAUCCUCAGCAGAGUAAUGGUAAUAGUUCAGCCAGAAGCUACAGUAUGAGCUGUGGAGAAGUAAUUGACCCCACAAUUUACGGUGAAGAAGAAGAGUGUGCGCAGUUGCAUUUUGGUGUUCCUCCAUACGAACUGGAGAGAAGGUUGCAUGAAUUGUUGGAAUCGAGGCAGGAAGAGCAGAUAAGAGAAUUAGAAGCUGCUUUGGCAAGUGCAAAGCAAGAACUGGUCGACAAGGAAAGAGAGAUUUCAUGGUGGAAAGACACUGCACAGCUUAUGUCGAUUCAUGUCCAACAACCUUCACCGUUUGGUUCCAAGCUGAGGUGAGAAAAUUUCUUAACUGCUUUUUUUCAUGUGUAUCAUAUCAGGUAUAGUUGUUUGGUGUUUAAAAAUGGAUUGUUUGUUAUUUUGGCUUUAAAAGCAUUUUGGAUGGUUGAUUAGUUUGCAAGUGAAACAGGGAAAUUAUUUCACAUUGUUAAGGGACAUUAGUUUAUCAAUGAAUAGUUAUCUACAUUAAA